AUGCAGACUCCGGAGAAGCGCCGCGGCGGCGGCGGCCACGCACUGCGCACCGGCUCCAGACACAACCACUCAACACCAUCCACGUCAGGCACCGCCGCAUCCAGCAACCCAAACUCCACCGGCAGCGGCGGCGGCAGCAACAGCAUGCCGGCCAUGCCUCCCCGCGCAGCAAUGGUCAACAACAACGCAGCCGUGUCCGAAGACGCCCACGAAACCGCAUCUAGCAACGCCUCCAGCGGCGGCGCAUCCGUCACCGACAAGGACAAAGAUGGCUCAUCGGCCCCCGCGAGGUCAGCAUCUAUCAGAUACACCGCCUCGUCCUCCAAGGAGAGGCAAAAGGAGCGCGACGCGGUGCUGGUGCGGGAAAAGGACGAGCGAAUAGCCUAUCUGGAAAGGGAAAUGGGCAUUAUGGAGCGCGAGUUCCAGCGCGAACUGGACAAAUUGAGUCAAAACGAGAGUGAAACGGCUACCUUUUGGCAGGCGAAGCAUAGUGCCUUGAAUCAGCAAUACUUGCGGACAGAUACGGAGCUGCGGCUGCUGCGGGCCGAGGUUGAUGUGCGAGAGGCAGAGAGGGAGGAGUUGCGGCAGGGAUGGGAGCUGUUGAGGAGGGAGCUGAAGGAACGGGAUGACGAGAUGAGAGGGCUGAGGAGCCAGAUUCGAGGGUUGAAGGAGUUUGUGAGCACGAGUACAAGGACGGAUGGACAGACGAGCGAUGAGGUUUUUGGGGAUGGUAUGGCACGGUUGGGGAAUGGGCUGCAGAACUGGGUUAUUACUAAUUUCCGAAGGACGAGGCUGGUCGACUUUGCAAAAGUGGACGAGGCAACGCUCGCUGAGCUCAGCGAACUCGUUCCCAUGUAUGAGGCACUCGCUCAAACUGUCAAGGUACACUUACUACAGUCGGUGGUGUCCAAAAUCUUGGUAGAAAUGGUCUUUGAUACCUACUUCGUGGGCUUGUCGGAUGACCAGACGCGGUGCUUUCGCCAGAUGGAGGAGCUCUUGUCCUCUUUUUCAGCUACUGACGAGUCGGUGAAUCAAUGGCGAGCAUCCACGCUCGCCCUUAUUCGCCGCGACGCCCCUCAACUCCUGCAAUCUUCUACAACGGAAUAUGUCGAGAAGGUGAUUUCUCGGAUCAAUCGUAUAUUAGAUUCUAUUACCGACAGCAGCACGUCAUCUGCGCCAUCACGCUCGGAAGCACGAGACUCAGCGCUUCGCGUACUGGUGAAUAACUCUGUCGAACUGGCGAGGCUACUGGUGGCUCAGAAGGCCGUGUUGAGGGUGUACAUGCCAGAGGUGCUCCCCCAUCAACAGGUCAUGUUUGAGCCGGAAACAAUGGAGGAUCUGGGAGACGAGGACGAGGAAGCUCUUGCCAGAAGGGAGAUUUGGUGUGUUGUGUUUCCGGGGGUGAUUAAGCACGGGGACGAGAACGGGGGCCAGAUGCAGUUUCGAAAUGUUAUUGCCAAGGCGAGGGUCCUGUGUAGUCCCGAUAAUUGA